AUGCACCAUCCAAAGUCAGGUGAACGCGAUAUCCCAAAGACAGGUGCACUGAACCGUUUGAAGAACGCUCCCAAGGAUCAGAUCCCGAUCAGCAAGGCUCCUCGUCGACAAAAGUCGUCUCGCUUCUACGUUAAAGAAAAGGUUCAACUAGAAAAAACACCUGGUUUUCAUGAGGCACCACCCCAUUUGCGACCGGACCUGUUCAUCCAAAAGAUCCGUCAGUGCAUGGUGUGCUUUGAUUUUAGCGAUGCAUCAUCAGAGCUGCGCGAAAAGGAGAUCAAGCGGCAAACGCUGCAGGAAAUUUUGGAAUAUGUCAACAUGAACCGCGGAGUGCUUACUGAAAUGGUGUACCCGGAAAUCGUCAAUAUGUUUUCCAUCAACCUCUUUCGUACGAUACCACCUCAAGUGAAUCCUGUGGGGGAUGCAUUUGACCCCGAGGAAGACGAGCCUGUGCUGGAACUGGCAUGGCCACACUUGCAGAUCGUAUACGAGUUCUUCUUACGCUUCCUGGAAUCGCCCGAGUUUAACAUCAACUAUGCAAAGAAGCACAUCGAUCACAAAUUCAUCUUACUGCUUCUCGAGCUAUUCGACAGUGAAGAUCCUCGAGAACGCGAUUUCUUAAAAACAACGCUUCACCGAAUAUACGGCAAAUUCUUAAACCUGCGUGCAUUCAUCCGUCGGUCGAUCAACAAUAUCUUUUUCCAAUUCAUUUACGAGACCGAACGUCACAACGGUGUGGCCGAACUGCUCGAGAUUUUGGGCAGUAUCAUUAACGGAUUUGCGUUGCCACUCAAGGAAGAGCACAAGAUCUUUUUGACUCGGGUUUUAGUUCCUCUGCAUAAGGUCAAGUCGUUGGUCCUUUAUCAUCCACAGCUCGCCUACUGUGUCGUUCAAUUUUUAGAAAAGGAUCAGAUGCUCACACAUGAGGUUGUCACAGGUCUGUUGCGCUAUUGGCCCAAGGUUAACAGUCCCAAGGAAGUCAUGUUUUUGAACGAGUUAGAGGAAAUCCUCGAUGUGAUCGAUGCCUACGAAUUCCAGCGGGUCAUGGUCCCUUUGUUCACUAAACUAUCCCAGUGCGUCUCGAGCUCACAUUUCCAGGUUGCUGAGCGCGCGCUGUAUUAUUGGAACAAUGACUACGUUGUGAGUCUGAUGGCAGAAAACAUGGAUGCCAUUAUGCCUAUUGUUUUUCCUGCGUUGUACAAGACAUCCAAGGCACAUUGGAACAAAACGAUUCUCGGACUAGUCUAUACUGCGCUCAAGUUGUGCAUGGAUAUCAACCCGGUCUUGUUUGAUGAGUGUGCGAACCAAUACAAGCUGCAACGUCAAUUGUAA